CAAAUCACGCUCUUGAUAUCGAUAAACGGAGGAAAAUAAAUAAAUAAAAUUAUAAUUAAGCACAAGUGUUUAUCUUGCUGUAAAACGCAAAGCAAACCAGGAUAGCACUAACUAAGCAGAGUGCGGAACCAGGAUUAGUCAUCGGACAACCAACCCACCCAGUAAUUAGCUGAAAGCCUUGAUUUCCCUAGGGGAGCACCUGGACAAUGGGCAACAAACAGAUUAAACAACAUUUGGAGACGGCGCAGAAGACUGGAAUCCUGAAGAUAUCCCUGCAGCGCCUACAGGAGUUCCCACCGCAGCUAAAGGCCUACCCGAACGUCCUGAAAACCCUGGAUCUCUCCGAGAAUCGCUUCGAACGAGUACCCGACGAGCUGGGCAAGCUGACGCUGCUGAAGCAUCUAAAUCUCAGUGGCAACCGACUGGUGGAACUCAACGAGGUGGUCGGCGAACUGGCCAAGUUGGAGGUGCUCCUGCUGAUGGACAAUCUGCUGACGAAGCUGCCCAAAACGUUGGCCAACUGCACCCACCUGAAGACCGUGAACCUGAGCAACAACCAGCUGAAGGAGUUUCCCUCCAUGCUGUGUGGCCUGAAGCAGCUGGAUGUCCUCGAUUUGUCGCGGAACAGGAUCACCGAGGUGCCCUCCGAGGUGGGCGGACUGUAUGUGACCGAGCUGAACCUGAACCAAAACCAAAUAUCCUCCCUGGCUGAGGACGUGGCCGAGUGUCCCAAGCUGAAGACCCUCAGGCUCGAAGAGAACUGCUUGCAGGCGACGGCCUUCACGCCCAGGAUCCUCAAGGACUCGAAGAUCUGCAACCUGGCCGUCGAUGGCAAUCUGUUCCAAUCCAAGCAGUUCACCGAUCUCGAUGGCUACGAUGUCUACAUGGAGCGCUACACGGCGGUCAAGAAGAAGAUGUUCUAAUUCCGGAUAAACUCCCAUUACCCAUAACCAGUCCUCUUUUUUUUGUGUGUGUCCCAGCCCUUAUUUAUCAGCGUAAACUAAUUUAAUAGCUUAAUUCAAUAUGCCUUCAGUGUAAAUCGUUAUGAAUAAAACGAAAAAAGACAUCCAUAA